AUGGAAACUCCCCCCUCUUUCGAUGCCGUGAGGGACCAUCUCGACCGGAUCAUCCAGGAACCUUCCACUCCUCUAAAUGUUCCCAUCCUGGAUAAACUCAUGGCAGAAUUGAUCGUUAGUACCAGUGAGAGCGUUUCCUCUGCUCUUCUCACCCGGGUUUCUCAGGUUCUCUCUGUACUGAAAGAAGACCCGUCUCCUUUAACAAGCUUAGCCACCAAAGCUGCGUCAUACCUUUCCUUUGACCAAAUUCAAUCAAUUGACCCGCCUUUGAAUCUUUUGGCUGGCAUCAAGGCCCCAUCUCCUCCAGUCAAUCUUCUUACGCUAUCUCUCCUAGCAAAAGCUAGUAAUUCACCUGCUAAUGCAGCGGUUGUUUCUGCAAACCCGGCCCUUGUGGUUGCUCUAGUAGAACUUUGGCUCACCACACCUGAAACAGCCGUCGCCCAAGCAGCGUUUAAUGUUCUCUGGAGUCUGCUAGAAAUCGACCAUGUCGACAAUUUUGAUAGCGAUGUCUUGGCGGAAGGAGAAAAUAAAGCCAGGAUAGGAGGCCAGGGGCUGAUGUGGAGGAGAGUGUUUAACGACAGACAUGUCUAUGGACGCCUGUUUUCCAUUUGCAGCUUUGACGCUACAGAACCCGGGUUGAGCAGGCGAGACAAGUCAGUUGCUCAAGGCAGAUUAAUGGAUCUAGUUAUAAAAGCAGGGUCUCUAGACUGGAGUGCAAUUACGACAUCGCAUUUCCCCGAUAUCGAAUCCAUAUUCCAAUGUUCCAGUCUGUUGAGUUUUACCGCGUCGCAAAUGAUUGAUCCAGACGAUAUUCUGUUGCACAUGACAUAUAUUCAGUUUCUCCGCGACUUACUUCGGAUUAGUGCUCCAGGCCUCUGCCAGCGUGCUGGAGUCAAGACUCAUUCAUAUCCCCUAUUCUCCUCACCCUCUCUCGAAUACCUCAUAUCGUCAGGUCUGCACACCAAGAUAAUGAAUUAUUAUUUGGACCCUUCGACCCUUGACUCCAUGUCUGCCCCGUUCCUUUCCGGGCCGGCUAUGGGGUAUAUUUCCCAGUAUGCGAUUUUAUAUCCAAACCAUCUGCUUGGGCAACCUCAGCCCUUCCUGGAUAAGAUACUUUCUCGGAUAUCAGAGGCGUUUGAUAUUGAAUCUGUUAAAUGGGCGCAUGGCCCAAUUCCAACUGGGGACCUUGACAUACUUGCGUCGUUACCCCGAAUUAUGCUAGUGGAGGCAGGCAACAGAUGGAUUAAUCCCUUGAAUUCCCUCCCUUCUAAACCUGUAAACAGCCAUGUGAUGGAUGCUCUGGGCAGAAUAUUCAAAGGGCCUUCAACCGUCGAAGAGCCAUCUUACGGAGUCUCAACUUCACUUGACCAAAACCCAACCAGUCCCCGAGUAGAAGCUGCAGCUUCUCGUGUCCUAUUUUUUCGGUAUCUUAAUGAUCACCCAGAUCUCUGGAGCAACAUUGUUGCAGCUGCUGAUAUAGUUGCCAUGCAAGACACUGCGCUUGCUGCCAUUGCAUUUAUAAAAUCUGUGCUAACAGCAAACUGGGUUGUCGUUCCAUCAAGUAAUGGGAACUCGGUCCCUCUGACCCACCGUCGAUUUGCCCUUCCCACAGAAGACCAGCUUUCCCGUCUUGGCUCAUCAGUUCAAGGCAAACUCCCCCCUUCUGGCUUGUGGGCACUUCUCGCACCACCAGCCUUAACGGAAGUCCUGCCUUACCUUUUCAAGGCCCCGCAGACAUAUGCCAAUUUCGUUGCGGGUGGGGCUGGAGACACGGAAAGUGCUGUUUGGAAAAUUGCAACGGCCAAGUUUGAUGCUCUUGUUACCUUGCAGAAUGAAGUUAAGAAAGCCGGCGGGGGGUUGGAGGAGUUUGGCGACAUUAUACGAACGCUUAAUAGGCGCGUUGCUGAUGGUCCAUGGGGUCCGCAGAGCCAGGUUGGAAGCCGAGUGGAUGCUCUAGAACUAUGA